ACGCAACGGAUUCUUGUCUGCUUCAGAGGCACAUGCAAUCCUCAAAAACAUGAGGCGGAUAGGUCAACGAUACGGUUCCCAGCUCGCAGUCCGAGCAAGCUUUAUGGUCGACCUUGAGCUUGCGAUGACGAACCCCAAGGAGGCGCAAGUGCAGAUUCUGGCGGAUGCUUUCCAUGAGCUAGCAACCUUUCGGGAGUUUACUACCGACGAGCUCAGCAUAAGACCCUCUAGUAUGAAGGGUUAAAAAGCAAUCAACCUUGUACCAAUGAGAUAAAUCCUUUUUAUAUGGGACAUCGCUUUAACCAGAGGGAAUGAGAAGCUCGCGCGCUCUUCUCUAACCCAUCAAAUCGACGAUUGUUUAUCUU